AUGUCAGGAGGACCAGUGGAGGUUGAUCUCAGCCAGUUGAUAUCACCUCACUCAUCCCACACUCAGAAUGCUACAAGUCAUCAUCUUAAUCCAUUCCAUCAAGAUUUUCAGCCCUCAUACACUACAGGAUACUUGGAUCUCAGCAUUGCCGGAGGUGACAGCAUUAUAGCAACAAGCCCUAACCCUAUCCACACCACAGGCCGCGUCAUUGCCACAGAAACACCACUGCGAGCAAGGACAGUGGAAGACUAUGACAGCCCAUCAUGGACGGUGCUGGAGAACGAGGAAUCAGAGAAAGAGGACGACCAAUUGCAGGGUCGAACAGAGGCCAAAUUACCGAAGAUAAGGCAACGGAGGGGCAAGCAGGACACGCGCGUUCCCGCGGGACUUACGAGUCUGCUUCGAUUUGGCCCGACGGCUUCAGAGUGUGCCAUUCUACCCUUGGGAGCAGAAUCAAAAGGUCCUACAGCUGGUGUUGAAGCUGGGCCCAGCCAACAGGUUCCAGUACACCUACCUAAAGUCCCAGCACAGGGCACCGCCCAUGCGCCGGCUCCGCCACCGACGCAAGUUACUCCCAAGCGGAGAACGAUCUUCGACGGGGUAGUGAUCACCACUUCUCCGAAGUUCCUCAAGAAGACGACCAAACGCCCAGCGGACAAUGAAUACGAGAAGGUAAAUUCGUCACGUUCACGCGUUACCACCGCCCCGCCCACGCGGGCGACGCUCGACCACUCGCAUACACCUCGCACCCAGAGGGACAAUGCGGCCGGCGAUCUUGCGUCUGCACUCGCUGCUGCCUUCGCCAAUAAUAGCCAGCUGGUCGCUGCCUUCCCCGCCUCAUCACCGCCGGCUUUUCCAACCCACGACAGCUCGCGGGGCGCUCACGAAGCUGCGAAAGCCAAUGCAGGCGCGGGUGUCGCCCCUCGUGAGUUGCGCCAGCCCCCUUCGAAGAGCGUGCACGGGAAAGCUAGUGCAGUGUACUGGCAUAUCGUGGAUGAGGGGCUGGAGUCAACCGUCGCCCCAGGCGUCGUGUUGCAAAGGUACGCACAGCAUCCGGGACCAGAGAGGGAGACUCAGCUGCGGCACACCCUGGACGAGCCUGGGGUGAACAAGGGGAAGGCAAGGGAAUGGAGCGCAUACACCCACCCACGUUGGUCGCGGAUAGCGAACUUCAAGGAGAAAUUGGAUUCGUUGUUCGGGCCAGGAGAUAUUACACGAGCUGUAGGAAAGCAGCCGAGGCCGGCACGACGCGAUGCAGAAGAUGAAAGCAACAUGUCGGAUUCUAAUGGCAGCGAAAGCGCUUCAUGGAAAAGGAGUGUAGAGGAUGAGGCAGUCGUGGAGGGAAGCUCGGAGAUAGAUAUGGUGGAGGACACUCCAAAAACGAUGAAGAUGAAUGCACAGGGAGGAUCUGUGAAGCAGGUACAGCGUGCAUUUAGAUGGGCAGACGAGCUAUAG